UUAACGUAAGGAAUCAGUCGUCGCUUGGUGCUCUGUGUGUACCGAGUUUUGCUGGUUUUGCUUCUGGCGUACUACCUACUUCAUCGCUGUGAAUCCUACAGUGCUUCCGUUUUCGACGCGGUGCCGCAUAGUAAUUCUGCGAUGGCAGAGGGUGCACCAACUGUGGUGCAGUCUUCCCAGUUAGAACAGUACUUGCUUUUGGCAAAGACCGCAAAAGGGGCCGCAGCAGCCGAGCUCAUAAAGCAGGUGACAGAAGCGCCUGGUGUUUACGUCUUCGGAGAGCUCCUUGACAUGCCAAACAUUCAAGAGCUUUCAGAAGGACCUCACAGUGCCUACUACAGUCUACUUAACCUGUUCGCAUUUGGCACGUACACGAUGUAUAAAGAAAAUCGUGCACAGUUUCCCCCGCUGACGCCGGCGAUGACGACAAAGCUACGUCACCUGACUAUCGCAUCGCUUGCAACGAAAACAAAGUGCAUUCCAUACGACACCCUACUGAAGGAGCUGGACAUGAAGAACUUGCGCGAACUCGAGGACCUCAUCAUCGAAGUAGUCUACGCAGACGUCGUGCGCGGCAAGCUCGACCAGAAGAACAACCAACUGGAGGUGGAUUACGCUAUAGGAAGGGAUAUCCGUCCAGAAGACAUUGCCACCAUGGUCAAGGUCCUCCAGGAGUGGUGCACCAGCUGCGAAGCCGUUCUGAAUGCCAUUGAGUGCCAGAUGGGAAGGGCCAAUGCCAUGAAGGAUGCUCACAUCAAAAUAAAGCAGCACAUCGACAAUGAGGUGAGCAACAUAAAGAAGAACCUCAAGAUGCAAGCGCAGGACACGGACGACCAGUCGAGCGUCGAAGUGGAGACUGAUAAGCCUAGCAAGAAACAGGCCAAAGGAAAAGUGUUCCCCCAUCAGAGCAGAAGGUGAAGAAGCAAUAAAAACUAAACUUUA